AUAAAAGUGGAAAUACAACAAAGAAACAACAUAGACGUGGAAACCGCAACAAAAAGAAACCUACUUCUUCUUCCAUUCCACCUCCUGAAUCUGACGAUAUGGCAUCAACAAUGGCAUACGAACUUUCUACUUCGACAUAUGAAUGUAUGGUAUGUUGGGAUGUUGUUAGACCAAGUCAUCCUAUUUGGACUUGUGACAAAUGCUGGGGCAUAUAUCAUACAAACUGUAUUGAAAAAUGGGCUUCAAAAUCACUCAAAGAUACCUCUACAAAUAUGAUGAUCACUUCAUGGCGUUGUCCUGGUUGUCAACAUAAACGUACAGCUAUUCCUCAAGGUUACUUUUGCUUUUGUGGAAAACAACAAAAUCCAAAUCCUAAACAUUAUCAAACACCUCAUACCUGUGAUAAUCUCUGCAAACGUGCCAGAAAAUGUCCUCAUCCUUGUGUUUUACCUUGUCAUCCUGGUCCUUGUCCUCCAUGUACAUCUAUGGGACCAACAAAUGUUUGUUUUUGUGGGAAAGAACGACGACAAGCUAGAUGUGUAGAUACUGAUUAUGAUACAAAUGCUUAUAGUUGCGGAAACAUAUGUGGUCAACUAUUAGGUUGUGGAAAACAUAGAUGUGAACAAGAAUGUCACUCUGGCUUAUGUCAACCAUGUAUGAAUGAAGAAGAGCAUCAAGAAUGUUAUUGUGGUCAAUCUGAACGGAAUAUAAGAUGUGGAUCUGGUUUGGCUGCAUUCUCUAUUGAUGGUCGAGUUGGUUAUUAUGCAUGUGAAAAACCAUGUACAAGUACUUAUGAUUGUGGUGUUCAUCGAUGUGGAAAACAAUGUCAUCCUUGUACUACUCUGAAAACAUGUCCUUACGAUCCUAGUCUAAUUACAACGUGUCCAUGUGGAUCAAGUACUAUUGAAAGUCUCUUGGACGGUGCAAGUCGAAAAAAGUGUACAGAUACUAUUCCUACUUGUGGUGGUAUAUGUCAUAAACUCCUUCCUUGUGGUCACAGCUGUCAACAACGAUGUCACCGUGGUGAUUGUGGUCCUUGUGAAGAACAAGUCAAAAUACCUUGUCGCUGCCAAUCUUCUGAAUAUGAUGCUAUUUGUUCAACUGUAUCUGACCAUAAUCGUCCAACCUGUGGCAAGAUUUGUAAGUCUUAUCGAAAUUGUGGUCGACAUGUUUGUGGAAAUACAUGUUGUCCAGCCAACAAGAUCAAAGGCAAGAAACGAAAUCAAGGAUCAGAAAAGGCGCAUGAUUGUCCUUUGCAAUGUGGUCGUCUCUUAUCCUGUGGUAAACAUUCAUGUCAAGAAAAAUGUCAUAAAGGUCCCUGUCGUCCAUGUUUAGAAGCUGUGUUUGAUGAUGUUACCUGUCAUUGUGGUCGUACUCGAUUAGAAGCUCCUGUUCGAUGUGGUACUCAACUUCCUCAUUGUCCUCACCCAUGUCUUCGUCCUUCUCCCUGUGGUCAUAUUCGUCUUUUGCAUCACAAUUGCCAUCCUGAUGAUGAACCAUGUCCUCCUUGUCCAGUAUUGAUUUCACGUGAAUGUUUAUGUGGUAAAGCGCAACUCAAGAAUAUACCAUGCUAUCGGGAAGCUGCUCAUUGUGGCAUUGUAUGUGACAAACUACUACCUUGUGGUGAACAUCGUUGUCAACGGACAUGUCAUGAUGGGGAUUGUUGCAUAGAUGGGCAAGAAUGCACUCAACCUUGUCGUCAGAUGCGUACUUCUUGCGGACACCCUUGUUUGAUUCCUUGUCAUGGUGAUACUCCUUGUCCAGAAACGAUACCCUGCUCAACUCGAAUUCGUGCAAAAUGUGCUUGUGGUCAAAAUACAAUGGAAAUCCCUUGCAACUCUUCAGCUACUUCAAGUGGAUCCAAUCCAAAUUUGGAAUGCAAUGAUUUUUGUGCCAAAAUCCUACGUAACCGAAAGUUAGCCUCUGCUCUUGAUAUACAACGUGAUGAUUACUCUGAUGAUUUGGGAUACUACGAUGAAUCAUUACGUGGAUUUUAUAUGGAGAAUGCGAAUUGGUGUAAACAAAUGGAACGACAAUUGAUUGCCUUUGUGAAGGACGAAGAACAGACAUCGUUACAUUUCAAACCCAUGCGAUCGCCCUUCCGACGGUUCCUGCAUCGAUACAGUGUUCAUUUCAAUAUUGCCACUGAAGCCAUGGAUCCUGAACCUUUCCGAAGUGUAGCUUUACGUAAAACUCUUGGUCAAUGUCGUUUACCUCCUAGUUUAUUAUCUCAAGCUAUUCGUGAUCCUAAAUUGAUGGCCCCUCCUCCUCCUCCUACUAUGGAUUCAUCAACACCUAAACAAGUACGUUCAUCCAAACCUCCUGUCAAUGCACUUACAUUAUCAGGCUUACAAUUCGGUAUUUUACAAGAAGACCUAGAUCUUAUUCUCAAACCAAUUCUGAACUCGGAUACCAUCACUUACACCACACAAUGGGGGAAAGAAGCAACGGAUGUGGUGGUGAUUCCCAACUUGGAUCACAUUUCGGAUAUGGAAGAAAAGGAAUCUUUGAUUUGGCAUUGGAAGAAAGGAUUACAGAGUGCCUUUUUAUUCAACGAUGUAGCUGGCGAGGUACAAUGCUGCUGGAUCAAUCGCUCGGGUGAAAUCACUUGGUCUGAAACAGCAAGGAAAAUAGUAUUGGAAGAAGACAUCAAAGGAAAACGCGCUUUGGAACAAGCUCAGCAUAAUCGGUUCGACAUUCUUGGCGAUCAUCCUAUAGAUCCAUCCUCUCAUGAUAACAAAUUGGAUGAUAGCAAAUUGGAUGACACUAACAAAUUGGAUGAUGAUUGGGAAAAGAUUGUGGAAGAAGAUAUAGUUAGUGAUAGAUUGAUUUAG